GCCUCCGGAAGUCCCGGGGGAGGAGGUUACGUAUAUCCGGCGAGUAGCUGGCGUUCCCGGGUGCUGCUGGGCCGUGUGCUCAGAGAAGGGUUGAAGCCGCCCGACGCUGCUGGAGGAGCCGGUUGGGCCGUAGUAAGCAUUAAUAAUGUCUUUCAUCUUUGAGUGGAUCUACAAUGGCUUCAGCAGUGUGCUCCAGUUCCUAGGACUCUACAAGAAGUCUGGAAAACUUGUAUUCUUGGGCUUGGACAAUGCAGGCAAAACCACUCUUCUACAUAUGCUCAAAGAUGACAGAUUGGGCCAACAUGUUCCUACAUUACAUCCGACAUCAGAAGAGCUGACGAUUGCUGGAAUGACCUUUACAACUUUUGAUCUCGGUGGGCAUGAGCAAGCACGUCGGGUUUGGAAAAAUUAUCUCCCAGCAAUUAAUGGGAUUGUCUUUCUGGUGGAUUGUGCAGAUCAUCCUCGCCUCAUGGAAUCCAAAGCCGAACUUAAUGCUUUAAUGACUGAUGAAACAAUAUCCAAUGUGCCAAUCCUUAUCUUGGGUAACAAAAUUGACAGAUCAGAUGCAAUCAGUGAAGAAAAACUCCGUGAGAUAUUUGGGCUUUAUGGGCAGACCACAGGAAAGGGGAAUGUGACCCUGAAGGAGCUGAACGCCCGCCCCAUGGAAGUGUUCAUGUGCAGCGUGCUCAAGAGGCAAGGCUAUGGCGAGGGCUUCCGCUGGCUCUCCCAGUACAUUGACUGAUGUUUGGACAGUGAAAAUAAAAGAGUUUUACUUCUCUGGACUGAUCCUAUUCACAGCUUCCUCACGAACUUUUCUAAUAGAACAAGGAAAGCUCUCCACAACCAUGUCUGGCGUCGAGAAGCCAAGAAUCUCUGUCAGCUCUCUCAGCGCCCAGUGGUGACGCGUGCUCUUUCCAUACUGUCGGGAGGUAACCCUGCCCCGUGCGCGGGUGCAGGUCGGCACCCCGGGACUUGGAAGCAGGAUUUGCUGGGGAAAGCUGCAUGCCCUCAUGGGACACUUGUGAAGAAAAACACGUCUCACCACUGUGGUUGAUUUCAAAAGAAAGUGAUUCUAUUUUUUAAAGAAAGUGUUGUUAAUGUAAUUGGUUUCCCUUCUAACUUUUUCAGUUUGUAAUUUACUUGGUCCAGAGUUUUCUAUUCCUUUUUUUUUAAAUCUAGUGAAUGGCAUAUAGAUACGUCAUAAAAUUAUGCACAGAUACAUGUUGGAGGCCAGCGCUCAGUCAAGCGAACCCAGUCCGUGGAGUUAGCAGGCUGGGGAGAGAAGCCCCCUGUCUGUCUGACUGCCUCAUGGCAGUGGCAGCACCUUGUGCGCAGAACAGGAAAGAGCAGAGCCCUGGCCUUGCAGUUGCAGCAGUUUCCACCGCGGCGAGCUAGGGUCAUUCCUCAUCACGGAGUGUGUAGCAGAUUGUUCACGCGGAAGAGUUAAUUACAGAGUGGGUUAUUAUUAUUAUUAUUAUUAUUACUUAUAAAGUUACAGAUUUCAGCCAGUCUUUGCUUUUAAUGAACUGUUGUGAAGUGUUAUUUCUCACUGUAGCACCUUUUUCAUGUUCGGUUAUCAAAAGUGACUUCUGCCUCAUGCACGUGUCGAGGACAUCUCCUGUGUCGUCAUGCACUGCUGGUGUGUCAGUGGCUUUUGCACAGAUUUUGGGGGGAUUUUUCUGAAUAGGAGAGUCAUACAGGAUAAAGUUAACGGCUUAAGGGCUCUUAACUCUUUGAUUUGAGGACUUAAAAAUCUGGUAUUGUAGCAUUUGGUUGAAUCUAGGAAAGAUUUACUCAGUGGACUUUAAAUUUUCCACUGGCAGAAUUUGGUCUCUUUAUUGGACUGUUCAUGAGCUUUUUUCUUUUUUUUAAUCAGUUACCAGGUUUUUUUGGUGUUUAAAGGUUAACAUCUGUAGCUUUUCCAGAUUUGUUUUGCAUGAAAUUGUCUUUCUCCCUAAGCUGGGGAAACUCUAACCCAAAAACUUAGUGUGGUGCUGUUGUUUUUGAGCCAGCAUCACUUACUGUCAGGCAGCAGUCGGUACUGAAGCCACCAUGUCCCCGGGAGUGUGAUGAGGAUUAUUUUUACAGCUUUCCAUUUUCUUAAUGCCAUGUGUGAAAUUGGAUUUUCAUUAUCUUAACCAAUUUUCUAUCCUUGCAGUAAGAGUGAUGGGAUCGGAGGUGGUCUAAAGAUGGGAGGAUAUCUUUGUUCAUUUUUCCUUUAAUGAAAAAUCAGAAGUAGUUUCCUCAAAAUUGAAAAUUGUGAUAAUGGUGCUUAUUUUGCAGAUGAUUGAAUUCAGUGGAUUCUUGCUUAUAAUGUGAAGGAAGGAAAGUGUGCGUAACAUAUUUUUGGAGUGAGAGAGUAUUGUUCUUUAGUUGGAUUUCUUAUUGUUAGCAGCGUCUUCAGGACUAUUAGGCAAGCAUAUUUUUUCGCUGCCAUGUACCAAAUGCAGAGGCUCAGUGGAGUAUGAGUCUGGAGUGAGCAUGGCUUUCAUUUAUGAGCAAGCAUAGCUGGAGUAAGAUCGUUGUUGGUUUGGAAAGGGGUUAAAGCCUUAAGUGAACAAGUCUGUCUAACCAUGAAUUAGUUAACUUGCAUACUUUUAAUUUACUUUGGCUAAAGGUAACCCAUACUUUCCUAUCCAGAGACAUGAGAAGUAUGAUUGCUUAACUGUUAGUUUUCUUGUUUUCUUCUUUUCCAUUUUCCUUUAAUCCCUUCGUAGCAAGCUAGAAACCUCUGGAUUCUAUGCAGAGCAGCUCUUUGUGAAAGUGGUUUGUUUUGGCUACUGGAGAAAGAAGGGAUUGGAAAGUCAAGUAGCACCUGUCUGUUUCUUGCCCCACAGAAAACACCGUUCCCAUCAUAACAGAGUAGGAAGCAGCUGCCAGAAGGAGCUCAGCCUCUAACAGGAUCAGAGCUUGUACAGGAACUCCCAUGGACUGAGACUUUCCAUUUCUGUUUUACCAGAGUGUGUAUACGUCCUAUUUCUGGAAGAGUAAACAGUCAUUUACAAAAGAAAGUCAAUGUGUAGCCUAAGCAUUUUAAUAAAAAGUUAAAACAAA